GUUACGCUUCUCCCUCUAUGGAAGAUGCAAAAACUGCCGUCCAUGGCAUUGUCGGUCCACGAUUCUUAACCAUUCCUGCAUUUGGGAGGUAACGAUCUCUGCAACCUGUUCGACUAUGGAGAUUUCAAUCUGGGUUUCGGUUCUUUCGAUUCUUCUUUGCUUUUUCGCAUCUGGGUCUGGCUCAAUUGACGAUUUUCAUCGACCGUUUCCUAUAGUGGAACCUGAUCCAGGUCAUACAAAGCUCCGUCUAUCAAGUGAAGGGUUGGAAGCCAUCAGCAGAAUAACAACUCCAAUUGCAGCUGUUGCUGUAAUUGGUCCAUACCGCUCUGGCAAAUCUUUUCUGCUUAAUCAGCUCCUUUCCCUUUCUUGUUAUAAAGGGUUUGGUGUUGGUCACAUGCGCGACACAAAAACAAAAGGGAUUUGGGUUUGGGGAACCCCGCUAGAAAUGGAUAUUGAUGGAGUGAAAACUUCUGUUUUUUACCUUGAUACAGAGGGGUUUGAAAGUGUUGGGAAGUCAAAUGUAUAUGAUGACCGGAUUUUUGCUUUGGCAAGUGUUAUGAGUUCUGUACUUAUUUAUAACCUGCCUGAGACGAUACGCGAAGCUGACAUAUCCCGGCUGUCAUUUGCUACUGAGCUAGCUGAAGAAUUUUAUGGAAGAGUGAAGGGGCAAGAUGUUGCUUUUGAACCUGCAAAACUUUUGUGGCUUAUCCAGCGUGAUUUUCUGCAAGGGAAAUCUGUGCAAGAGAUGGUGGAUGAAGCACUUCAACAUGUUCCUAAUACUGAUGGGGACAAAAAUAUUGAUCAAGUAAACCAGAUCCGGGACUCCUUAGCUAUAAUGGGUAGCAACAGCACGGCAUUUAGCUUACCACAACCUCAUCUAAUGCGAACAAAGCUUUGUGAUAUGAAUGAUGAUGAACUUGAUCCACUAUAUGUUAAGAAAAGAGAGCAGUUAAAAGAGCUUGUUGCUAGUGUUAUACGUCCAAAGAUUGUGCAGGGAAAAACUCUAAAUGGAAAGGAGUUUGUAUCUUUUCUGGAGCAGAUACUUGAAGCUUUGAAUAAAGGGGAAAUCCCAUCAACAGGCUCCCUUGUGGAGAUCUUCAAUAAAGGUAUUCUUGAGCGGUGUUUGAAGCUAUACACUGAGAGGAUUGGAAAAUUAGGUUUACCACUUUCGGAGGAAUCCUUACACAAUGCUCAUGAAAGAUUUCGUGCGGAAGCAAUGAAAGCUUUUGAUGAACAACAUUUUGGCCAUCAUCAUGCACAGAGAUCUGUUAUGAAACUGGGUGAAGAUAUAAAAGAGGCGUAUAAGAAUGUAAUUAUUGCUAAUGAGUAUCAAUCAGCAAAGCUCUGUGAAGCACUGUAUACAAGAUGUGAGGACAAAAUGGACCAGCUUCAAGUCCUCAAACUUCCUUCUAUGGCCAAGUUCAAUGCAGGUUUCCUGCAAUGCAACCAAAGUUUUGAGCAGGAGUGUGUUGGGCCUUCAAAAGCAAACUAUGAGCAACGCAUGAUGAAGAUGAUGGGAAAAUCUCGAGCGCUAUUUAUCAAGGAUUACAACCACAGGCUCUUCAACUGGUUGGUGGCAUUCUCCCUCGUCAUGGUGGUGGUUGGCCGCUUUAUUAUAAAAUUCAUUCUGAUUGAAAUGGCGGCGUGGGUGCUCUUUAUAUUCUUAGAAACAUACACAAGGAUGUUUUGGUCUGCUGAGUCCCUUUAUUACAACCCAGUUUGGCAUUUCAUCGUAAGUACUUGGGAAACUCUCGUCUACAGUCCCCUCCUUGAUUUGGACAGAUGGGCAAUCCCAAUAAGUUGUCUAGUGGCCGUAUGGAUACUAUAUUUGCGAUGUUGUGGGAGAAGGAAACGCGGGUCACGGUGGCUUUUGCCCCUGUACAACACACAUAAAGGCGGCUCAAAUCGGCCAAGAUCAGAUUGAACCAACGGAGAUUGCCUUAAGAGCCUCUGAUUGUCAACAUCUUGGGCGAGCUUUUCCUCCUUUUUAACACAUGAAAGCACGCCUGCCAUUCAUUUUAUUUUUUUAGUUCAAAAUCGGCCAUCCCAAUGCCAAAUUAUCAAGAGAAAGAAUCAUAUAUGGAUCCUAACCACCCCUUAUUACUGUGCCAUUUAUAGUCGUGUAUCAGUGUAAUAUGUUGAUUAUUUCAAUAAAAAAUUAUAUAAUUU